UCAGCGGUUCUUUCUCUCUCUGUUUCUCUCUCUCUCUCUCUGUUUCUCUCUCUCUCUCUAACAAACUCUGGACAUGGCGUCCUCUCCAUUUCUGAACAGGCUCUGAUCAUUCAUCAUCAUCUUCUUCUUCAGCUCCCUCCUUCUUGCUUUUCUUCUUUCGGUCCAUUCACCGUACACUUUCUUCAAGUUCGACCACGAGGUGUUUGAUCGUUGUUGAAUCAACAGCUAGUCCAUUGCUCUUUACACAAUUCCUAAUUGGAGGUUGAAUGGUUGAUUUUUUGGGACGCCAAAUCCAUGAUUCAUCUAUCGCAGGAGAUCCCACGGAUUACGCAUUGUUCCCAUCUUGCUUGAUCUGGUGGCAGAGUUUCGCAUUUUUCCUCUUCAAGCAAGUUCUCAUCUUUCAGAAGCUCCACAUUUGGGUCGUCUAACAUCUCCGCAGCUUGGGGCGAUUCAAUCACCUCCUUGAUUGCAUGCUCUGUGGAGCAUGAAAACGAAGGUCCGUAUUUUCAUUCCAUUUGGGCUGUUUCCUUUUGAGACUCUGAUCGAGAAAGACGAAAAUUUGGAUGCGGGGAAGGAAACAGGGUGUUGCUGUUAAGGACUUAGAAUUGGGGGAUAUUUGAUGGGCAACUCAUGUGUAGGACCAAACCUUGGUAAAAAUGGUUUCAUACAGUCGGUCACAGCUGCGGUCUGGCGUACACGGCCACAGGACAGGCUUCCUGGUAAUGGAGAAAGAAGUAAAGCUGCCCCCGCCACUAACAAUGACCUGAAACCCUCCGACAGAGAGCCCCCUAGACCUUAUGUUCCCAUACAAGAGACAGCACCCGAGGCUGUCAAGAUUAAUGCUCCCGAGGUCAAACCCGCGGAGCCCGAAAAGCCUGCCAAGGCUGAGCCUAGAGAAGGAGCGAGUAAGCCUUCAGAGUCGGGGAACCCGAAGAAACCUGUCCAUGUGAGAAGGGUGUCGAGUGCAGGACUCCAAGUGGAUUCUGUGCUGGGGAGAAAAACUGCAAAUAUAAAGGAACUCUACAGUUUGGGGCGGAAGCUUGGACAAGGACAAUUUGGUACGACAUUCCUUUGUGUGGAGAAGGGGACGGGAAAAGAGUUUGCCUGUAAAUCGAUCGUGAAGAGGAAACUGACGACGGAAGAGGAUGUGGAGGAUGUAAGGAGGGAGAUUAGGAUAAUGCACCACUUGGCAGGGCAUCCCAAUGUAAUAAGCAUUGUGGACGCCUUUGAGGAUGCUGUUGCAGUUCAUGUUGUCAUGGAGCUCUGUUCAGGAGGGGAACUUUUUGACAGGAUAAUACAGAGGGGCCAUUAUUCAGAGAAGAAGGCUGCAGAGCUUGCACGCGUGAUUGUUGGUGUGGUGGAACAGUGUCAUUCUUUGGGCGUCAUGCACCGGGACUUGAAACCUGAGAACUUUCUCUUUGUCAACCAUGCAGAGGAAUCACCUCUAAAGACGAUAGACUUUGGGCUGUCAAUGUUCUUCAAGCCAGGUGAAAAGUUUACCGAUGUGGUGGGAAGCCCUUAUUAUGUUGCUCCAGAAGUUUUGCGGAAGAAUUAUGGUCCAGAAUGUGAUGUUUGGAGUGCUGGUGUUAUCAUAUAUAUCCUACUGAGUGGUGUCCCACCAUUUUGGGAUGAAACGGAGCAAGGAAUAUUCGAGCAGGUCUUGAAAGGCGAUCUUGACUUCAUAUCAGAACCGUGGCCUACUAUAUCCGAAGGUGCAAAAGAUCUGGUCAGAAGGAUGCUUGUGAGAGACCCCAAGCAGCGGCUAACUGCUCAUGAAGUCCUCUGUCAUCCGUGGGUUCAGAUUGAGGGCGUCGCUCCUGAUAGGCCUCUUGAUUCUGCAGUUUUGACUCGCUUGAAACAAUUUUCUGCUAUGAACAAGCUAAAGAAAAUGGCCAUCAGGGUAAUUGCUGAGUCCCUGUCCGAAGAAGAAAUAGCAGGUCUCAAAGAAAUGUUCAAGAUGAUAGACACAGAUAAUAGUGGUCAUAUCACUCUUGAGGAGCUGAAGAUUGGCUUGGAGAAAGUUGGGGCUAAUCUUCAGGAAUCUGAAAUCAUCGGGUUAAUGGAAGCAGCGGAUAUUGAUAAUAGUGGAACAAUGGACUAUGGCGAGUUUAUAGCAGCAAUGCUUCAUCUUAACAAGGUCCAGAGAGAGGAUCACCUGUUUGCAGCUUUCAACUACUUUGACAAAGAUGGGAGCGGAUAUAUUACUCCAGAUGAGCUUCAAGCAGCUUGUGAACAGUUUGGCCUACGGGACGUUCACUUGGAAGACAUCAUUCGCGAAGUUGACCAAGACAAUGAUGGACGGAUUGAUUACAGCGAAUUCGUGGCGAUGAUGCAAGAUGUUGAUUUCGGCAUGAAGGUAUUUCAGUAAGAACAAUGCAUCAGAUUAAAAGCUUAGAACCUCCACGCUUUUAAUUGUGUGCACAAAAGAAACAAAGUAGGAAUCGACACGCAAACUAUCCAAGCAGUUCACGCCUGCUUCGUCGAGAUCAGAGAGGCUCCACAUAGGACAGAGAACAGUUUUUCGCCUAUAGCAUUAGAUACGAGCAUUGAUUUACAGUUUGGUGUUUCGCUAAUCAUCUUGACUAGAAAAGGCUGCAAAAGCCUUAUUGUACAAAUACGUUUGUCGUCCCAGUUUUGUUUUUCGAUCCAUUAGUCAUGCUAAAAGAGUGUUACAGAAGAAUGACCUGUAGGAUGAUUCUAGCUAGUAGUAUAUCUGCAUUGUAUGUCGGUGUCGACUCUUUAUUAUUUCAGACUCGGUUCCAUCUCUCGGUGUACUCUCAUUCUGAUAAACUAAUAAAAGUAUGUGCUUCCAAUUAA